GCAGCCAACUGCUCCAUAUUUGGCUGCUCUUACACAUUUACAUACUGGAGAGCGGAGAGGGAGCGGGCGCUGCACCGCAGACAUCAUUUCUACUACAGCGCCGGAGACAUCCCGGACCCGUGUCACUGCAGGGGGAAGGAGCAAAACAAACAACACCCCCACCACCACCACCCCCCCAAAAAAAAAAAAUCAGCCCCAAGCCCCGUGAGCCGCUAGGAAGACAUUUGUGUGCGAGCCUCUGUCUGACCCCCCCGCCAACCCCACCUCCACUGACACUUUACACUUCUGGAUCAAGAGUCACAUCGCAGGCCAAGCCAGACGGGAAAGCAAUACAAGCUGUGAAUUUAUUGUUGACCCCUGUAGCACAGUGACCACCUUUGCUUUUGUUUUCGCCGUACAGAGAUGCACCGUUAAUAAGAUCCUGGAGCCCGGGGAAGAGUUUUAAAGCAAAACAUCAGAUAAAAAGGCUGCAACAUCUCACGUGAGAGAGGGGAUAGAAGAAAAGAGACUUACAAUAGCAUCCUGAAACACUCAUAUGGUUUGAGGCCAUAUGUGUCCUUUGAACUCUGAAGAAGCUGUGCCAAAAGGAAGCCUUCCUCUUCUCCCCUCCUCCCAUCAUGGAGCCACUGUUAGAUAAUUGCAAUUAGUGUACAAUGUGGAGCAAACCCAGGAGUGAAGUUCGUGGACCUUCUGCUGAACCGAUCUCUUCCACUCUGAAUGUGUCGUCUCACGUUACGCUCCCAAACCAGCUGUAGGGGAGGGAACGACCCAGCGGCUGUCCAUUUGCUCAUCUUCCACUGGGACACCUUAGCUUGCCGUCUGCGUCUGCCAGCUCUAUCUCACCUUAUUUGAAAGAGGAAAGCCAGUGAAGCCCUGUGAGCAAUCCAGCAACUUCUGAAAAAUCUUCAUGCUACAGGAUAAUCCAGAAUUCCCUGAAGAAGAACAUAGUGAAUGUUGUUCAACUUAAUAAAGAUAGAAACAUUCUUCCCUUGAGUCCAGAGGAGCUGUCGGAGGAUCGUGCUCACAGGGAGAUGAUUCCUCAUGAAGUCACUGGAUCCCUUGCAGAAAUCAAAUGUGACUUUCCGUUUAUCAGACUGAAAUCAGAGCCAGCCAGACAGUGAAGCAAGCACAGUGGAGGGGGGACGGCGAAAGAUGAAAUCCAACCAAGAGCGGAGCAAUGAAUGCCUGCCGCCCAAGAAGCGAGAGAUCCCUGCCACCAGCCUGCCUUCGGAGGUGAAGCCGGUCCUGCCGAACGACAACCACCGCGCGGACAACCUAGCAUGGCUCCCCAGCACGCCCGGCGGCCAGAGCGGCCUGGGGGCCAGGCACAGGCCUGGGGGGACGUCAGCGGAGGUGGGCUUGCAGCAGGGUUUGCACAAGCCGCCGGCGGCGGGGCUGGACUAUUCCCCCCCGAGCGCACCCAGGUCCGUGCCGGCCCCCACCACGCUUCCCACCGUGUACUCGCCUGCGCUCUCCCAGUCCGGGACCCCCGUCUCCCCCGUGCAGUACACGCACCUGCAGCACACGUUCCAGUUCGUCGGGCCCCAGUACAGCGGACCAUACGCCGGGUUCAUCCCCUCGCAGCUGAUCUCCCCGACCGCCAAUUCGGCAACCGGCGCCGUGGCGGCGGCCACGGCUGUCGCAACCACUCCAUCCCAGCGCUCCCAGCUGGAGGCUUAUUCCACUUUGCUGGCCAGCAUGAGCGGCUUAAGCCAGCAGGGGCACAAAGUCGAGCCGCACCUGGUUAGGACGCCCGGGCUGAUCGCUGCGGGGUCUCCUCCGCCCGCCCAGCAGAACCAGUACGUCCACAUCUCCAGCUCUCCCCAGAGCGCGGUCAGAAACGUCUCUCCUCCAACCAUCCCGGUCCCCCUGCACCCCCACCAGACAGUGAUCCCCCACACGCUCACCCUCGGCCCUUCCUCCCAAGUGGUGGUGCAGUACAGCGACGCCUCGCACUUCGUCACGAGGGACGCCCCCAAGAAGCCCGAGAGCGGCCGGCUGCAGGCGAUGCAGGCCAAGGAGGUACUGAACGGCGAGAUAGAGAAGAGCCGGAGGUACGGCAUUUCGCCCUCUGCCGACAUGGGUCUAGUCAAAGCAGGCAAUAAACCAGCUCCUCACCAUUACGAGACCAGGCACGUGGUGGUGCACCCAAGCCCCGCCGAGUAUGGCGCCCGGGAUUCCUCAGGGGUCCGAGCCUCCGUCAUGGUGGUCCCCAACAGCAGCACGCCGACGGCGGACAUGGAGGUGCAGCAGGCCACCAACCGAGAGACCUCUCCCUCAGCCCUCAACGACAAGGGAAGCUUGCACCUAGGAAAGCCGGCCCACCGCUCCUACGCUUUGUCCCCGCAGCAGGCCCUGGGCCACGAGGGGGUGAAGGCGGUGGCCACGCUGUCCCCCCACACCGUCAUCCAGACGACCCACAGCGCCUCCGAGCAGCUUCCCGUCGGGCUGCCGGCGACGGCCUUCUACGCCGGGACCCAGCCGCCGGUGAUCGGCUACCUGAGCGGCCAGCAGCAAGCGCUGGGGUACCCCGGGGGGCUGCCCCAGCACCUGGUGAUCCCCGGCACGCAGCCCCUGCUCAUACCGGUCGGCAGCGCCGACGUCGAGCCGUCGGGCGUCGCGCCGGCGAUAGUCACCUCGUCUCCCCAGUUCGCAGCAGUGCCUCACACAUUCGUCACCACCGCCGUCCCCAAGAGCGAGGCUUUCAGCGCCGAGCCCCACACCACCCAGCCCGCCUACCAGGCCACCAUGGUGCAGGCGCAGAUCCACCUCCCCGUGGUGCAGUCCAUCGCCUCCCCCGCUGCGGCUCCCCCCACGCUGCCCCCCUACUUCAUGAAGGGGUCGAUCAUUCAGCUGGCCAACGGGGAGCUGAAGAAAGUAGAGGACUUGAAAACGGAAGACUUCAUUCAGAGCGCGGAAAUUAGCAAUGACCUGAAAAUAGACUCCAGCACUGUGGAGAGGAUCGAAGACAGCCAUAACCCAGGCAUUGCUGUGAUACAGUUUGCGGUUGGAGAGCAUCGCGCACAGGUCAGCGUGGAGGUCCUGGUAGAAUACCCUUUUUUUGUAUUUGGACAAGGCUGGUCAUCCUGCUGCCCCGAGAGAACCAGCCAGCUCUUUGAUUUGCCAUGCUCCAAACUCUCUGUGGGGGAUGUCUGCAUAUCGCUUACGCUCAAGAACCUGAAGAACGGCUCUAUUAAAAAGGGCCAGCCCAUGGACUCAGCUAGUAUCUUGCUGAAGCAUUCAAAGAAUGACAGUCUAGCUGGAAGUAGACACAGGUAUGCGGAGCAGGAAAAUGGGAUUAAUCAGGGAAGUGCACAGAUGUUAGCUGAGAAUGGUGAACUGAAGUUUCCGGACAAAAUAGGAUUGCCUGCAGCACCUUUGCUCACCAAAACAGAACCCAGCAAGCCCCCAGCAACGAGGAAGAGGAGGUGGUCAGCCCCCGAAACACGAAAACUAGAGAAAUCAGAAGAGGAGCCACCUUUGACUCUUCCCAAGCCUUCUUUUAUUCCUCAGGAGGUUAAGAUUUGCAUUGAAGGUCGAUCCAAUGUAGGAAAGUAAAAGUUGUUUGGGGAAAGGAAAUUAGGCUAUCCCUUGUCAUUUUUAUCCAGAUUACUGUACUGUAGACUAAAUAACCCAGUAUUUACAUGUUAUCAUCUUAUUUUAGGUUUAUGUUAUAACCUUGUUGUUAUAGUUGCAGCUGGUAUUAUGCAGGAGACUGGUGCAUAUGUUUUUCCACAAGUGUUUGUCAGUGACUAGGUUUCUUGAGAGCUACAGAAGGGGCAGUAUCUGCUUCACACACCCUUAGUGGAAAUGAAUGUGUUGUCAUGGCUCCUGUUUUCUAACACCUCGUGUAGGACAGGGUCCAGCUGUGAUUUUUUUCUUUUUGUCGUCAUUAUUUUUUGUUUUUUUUUUUUUUUCCUUGUUUUGGUUCCUGUUCUAGUUUUUUUUGGGGGGGAGGUGAGGAGAAGGGAACUGUAGCAGAGGUGUGUGUCACGCAUGGUGUGUGUGUGCGUGCGCCCGUCCCGAGGAGGGACUGUGAAGAGGUUUUCUGGCCCCAGGUGAAUGCUGAGGACACAACCCACAGAUGUUACCGAAAAGGAUCAGACAGUCUCUGACGUUGUCAACAAUAAGCCAACUCUCGCUCAAGGCUCUACGGUAUAUAUAUAUAUAUAUGUGUGUAUAUAUAUAUAUAUAUUUGUGUGUGUGUAUUUGUAUAUAUAUAUUUCCCCCCAUGGGGUCUGACUGCACUGAUUUUUACUCACAAAGCAACUGCCACACCAACAUUUCCCUUCUGCUUGCUCGUGCAGUCCGGUGCUGGGAGGCCACACACACACACACGGAGCGGCUGUCCUCUGCGCCAUUCACCCCGCGGGCUCCUCCCGGCAGCGUGGCGGGCACGCCUGGGUGCGCGUGGGUGUGCGUGGGUGUGCGCAGGGAGCCCUCCAGCUCGCUGGACGUGCCCGGCUCGGGCGCACUCCUGUUUCUGUGCAGUGUUAGACAAAUCCAUCGGGUUAACGCCAUGGACAUUUGCUUCCACGAGGGAGACGCAUACUGCCCCUUUGAGAUCACAGGCAUACAUCGUUUGCAGUUAGGUUGCAGAUCUUUGUCUUUAACUCUAGUACUGUUUUUGGUUCAUGAUUAUGGACAACCCGUGCCACUUUUUUCAAAUUUCAGUGUGACACAGGAACCUGAUGUUGAAGAUGAACGUAGAAUGUCUUUAAGCACUUAAAAUGCUGUUCACACUUUAUUGCUGAGCAUCCUGGUCUAACACUCAGUACGUACUGUAUCUCACUUUAAUCUGCUCGGAAAACAGCAGCAGCAAACAAAUUAAUCUCUUCAACACUGUAACUACAUGCAACUAUGUAAAGUUUUCUCACAAGCAAGAUGCUGAAAGUUUCAAUGUGGUUUCAAAGGGAUGAAUGUGAAUUAUUGAACUAGUAUGUGACAGUCAUUGUCCACAAAGGACUACUUAAUAGGAGGCACUUUUUAAACUUUAAUGCUUGAGAAAGAGUUAAAGGCAUAUGCGAGCUGACAGAUAAUAAAAGAAUAAGAGAAAGGAAAAAGGAAAGAGAAAAAAAAAUCAUUGUCCAGUGUUUUUGAAAAAAGAUGGACUUUAAAGAAUCUUGCAAUUUGCACAUCUUGAGUUUAUCAUUUGUGUGGUAUUCCUGCAGUUUUUACCUAAUAAUGUUAUGGGUUGGGGGGGGGUCUGAAAGAGCAUAAACAAAUGUAGCAAUUACUCACUAACCUGCCUACGCUCUAGGCCAUUUCAUAGGGUUAUUGUUCCUUUCAAAGUUCAUUUUCGGUCUUUCUACCGUAUCUGCCACACAGAACCUAACACAGGUCCUACCGGGACAGCUCUGAGAAUUUGUCUUCAGACUUGCUGAGAGAGUUUUCCACAAGAAACAUUUCUAUACAUAAGCAAGGUGUUUGUUUGUUUUUGAAACAAACCUAUUGUUAUUUUAUUAUUAUUAUUAUUUGUUAUUUUAAUUGCAUUGUUUUCCAUUUGAAAGACUAGAUUUAAGAGUUUGGUACAAAACAAGUUCGGGGGGUAUUCACGCCGUUCAGUCUUUUGUUUCCCCAGGUAGGGCCGGAUCCUUUGAGGUGCUGUGCACCAAGCCUCCCGAAAAGUCAUGGGGAGGUGUGAGUAUUAAGUACUUCAGGUCUGAGCUACAAAGCCUCUUGCUGCCAACAGGGAUCUCAUUGAUGACAGUGGGAUUUAGCUUGGGCCCUACGCGAUCAAGCGUUCACAUCGUUACUUUUGGUUGGUGAGUUCGCGUCCUUCAGGUAGUUUUGAAGAAGCUGUACUGAUAGGGAGAAAAGGAAAUAAAAGUUCUGGAUUAGAAAUGCAGUACCUAAAGUGAACAAACUUAUUUAAAAUCUCAUUUUCCCUCUCCCCUAAAAUACAGUGCUUUUAUUUAAGAAAAGAAAUGUUAACCCCAAACCCCAGCUUUGACUCUGUUAUUUGUUACUUGAAAUUUAGCUCACACCAGAACUAAUUGUUUUUAUACCAUAUUCUGGGGUGCACCAAAAAGUUUAAAUACGUUUAAAAUAGCUUGAAACUUUUCUUGAAUUUCCUUGAAUUUUAUUAACCUCUCAGCGGGCUACCAAAUAGCUGAGUGGGUUUCUUCUCACAGUCACACUGCUUAGUUAGUGCUUAUUUGUUAAUAUUUCUGCUCAGAGAAGUUGCUUAAUCUUCCAUAUACUCUGCUCAGGGCACUUGCAAUUUAUUGUUUUGUUUUGUUUCCUGUUUUGUUUUUAAGCUUUGAUGGUAAAAGAAUAGAAAGAAUUACAGAUUUUAGUUUGCAUUCGUACCACUAUUUCCGUAAUUCACACGUGCUCGGAAAAAAAAUCUCAAAGAGAACCAUACGCAUUCACAUUCGUGGUUAAUAAGGAAGCAGGGGCUAUUAAACUGACUGGAUCUAUUCAACUAACACUAAAAAAAAAUAAAAAAUAAUAAUAAUAAAAAAAUAAGUUUGGAGCAAUAGGAAUGUAUUAGUUCUGUGCUUGUAUUUCAGACUGAGGAAUUCUGAAAUAACUGGUUCUUUCCCAACAAUCGUCCCUUUCCAUGCUUUGGCUUUCGUAGGAUGUGCAAUACUUUACGUGCCAACGUAGACUCACCCGUGCGGUGUUAGCUAGAUCUCAUACCCUCUUCUGGUUUCCCCUUUUUGUUCUCUUUGAAUAGUUUCUUUUUUCCUUCCUUCCUUCCUUUUUUUCCUAUUAAUAACCCUCUCCCCCCCAAAAUAAAAAAGAAACGUAUCGAGGGUGAGGCGUUCCUUGGCCCGGGAAACACCAGCCCUUUUUGUAUUCAGUGAGCGUGGUGCGUGAAGCAAAGGCCUGGCUCGGCCUUGCGUAUUCGAGAAGCACGACCCUGGCCUCCGCGCUGUAAAAAACAAUAAAAAUUUAGAUCCAGGAAGAUAAAAAGCGCCUAAUCCAAGCUUCCCCCCGCCACCACCACCACCAAGAGAGGAGUUUCGGGGUUCAUUAUGUCUCCAAGGGGGGGAUUUUGCCAAUGUGAGCCCUCUUCCCCGCGGGGCCACGCGCGGCCGUGGGGCCGCUCGUUGUUCGCUCCGUGCCCGCCCGACGGGGCCGAGCCGCAUCUGGGCGUCCACGCGUGGCCUGGUCCGGCUCCCUUUUCUCUUGUUUUCUUUUGGUCUCUUUUUUUUUGUUUUCUUUCCUUUUUCUUUUUUUUUUUCUUUUUUCUUCUUUUUUGUAGCAGGCCUGUUUAGUUUACAAUGAAAUGCAUACAAUCACCAAGAAAUUAGUCAGGGCGAAGAAAAUAAAACGAGAACCUCUUUAUAGGGAUUUCUAAAAAUACCUAUCUAUCUGUCUAUCUAUCUAUCUAAUCUAUCUAUAUAUCUAUAUAUAUAAAAUGACUGUUCCUUAUAGUGUUUAACUUAGGCAUUGUUUCAGUUUGUCUGGGCCACAUCAAGGGGAAUUUGAGUUUGAUGUCACUUACCUCAAGUCCUGCAGUUGAAACCCAAAUUGGAGUUGCUGUUGACCUACUUUUGGAUUUUGUACGUUGCUGUUGGGAUUUUUUUCCCCCGACAAACCAGACCUCGGGGGGGGGGGGGGAGGGUAGGAUGUUCCUCUGAUUCCUUCAAUUCCUUCGUCCCACUGUCGCUUUGUUCGACCUGUCGUUCCGUCAUUUUCUCGGCGUGGGGAAGUGACAUCACUACUCUCGUUUCCCUAAAUCAAGGAACAUUUAGAAACUUUUCACACCUUUUACUCAGGGAUGGGGCUGGCAUAUGUGUGGUACACUGAUGUGACCAGAAGCAGCACUUUUACUGCUCUGGAGUAGGGAUGUACAAUGUUACAGACGAGUUUGGAUUUCCUGCAUCUCAUGGUUUAACUCUGUAGAUAUCACAUAGAUUGCAAUACAAAAGCAGCAGGCUCAGCGUGAACUGUAGCUGUUGGUUAUCAUGAAAAUUCACUCUGUGCAGAGAUUUGUUUCACUUAAAGUGUGUUGCCAAUAUUAAAAAGGAAACAGUGAAAUUCUGUUCAGACUUGCAACUGCUAAAAAAAAAAAAAAAGGAAAAAGUCUGUGUCAAGGAGAGCAAAUCCGCUUUAUUUUAAACACUAACAGUGUUAUUUCAAAGAGGGGUUCUUGGCACAGCGUUCUGUGCGUCCUGGGCCCCAGCUCUGCAAACACUUAUGCGUGUGCUCAUGGAAAGGCCUGAGCUGGCCGGCGAAAGCAGCCGGGAGGCUCGGGAGCUCUCUGUGUAGUAUGCGUAUAAAUCUUUGUGAAACUGAAGCCUGGUUCGGUUAGGGCCAGAUUCUGACCUUACUCAGGUGGCUGGAAAACCCUGGGGUUUCAUCCAGGUUCACCAGGGUGGGAUGCCCCGGGGGCGCUGGGGGAUGUGGCCUGUUGAAACACUUCUGCUAUCCCAUGAACGCCAAAAAAUGGCGAAAUGGGGCAUGCACUCAUACAGGUAAUUUCCAUGUCUUCCCUCCCCAUCAUCAUAGGUAACAGCAGAGUCCGCCUGGGGCUCUGGCCAGUGCUGAUGUGAAAAGUGAGGGGGGUGAACGUGUCGCUGGAGUGCAGCCGGUCAUUUUCUUCUCUCUGGUUUAUCCACCUCCCCCCCCGCCCCCAAAGUCCUGAAACAAUAGAAAAAUGAGAAUUUGUUGAUGCAGAUCUGCAUACGUGCACACACAGCCAGGCAGAAGUGUCAGUUUGCACAUGAAUAAAUACGUGUGAAUUUUGUAAGCCUACACAUCCACUUGGUUUCCUGUCCCGAGGACAGUGUCGUGUUUUGUGUCGAUAGGGAAAUUCCAAACAAGUUGCACACCUCUACUCCAGAGUUCAAUUUCUUUUACAUAGACGACCUCGCUUCAGAUGUGUUACCUUUACUGAUAGGAUCUUUUCUUGUAGCACUAUAUCUUGUGGGAAUAUUUUUUGAUGUAAACCUAAUUUGAGAAGCUUAUUAAAAAUAGAAACUUUUUUUGAAGCACUCACAUUGAGGAGUACAGGUAAUGUUUUAAAAAAUUGCACAAAAGAAAAAUGAAUGUUGGAAUGAUUCAUUCAGUGUUUGAAAAAGAGAUGGCUCUGUUUGAACAGUGAGUUUCAUACCUU